UUGGGAGCAAAGCAAACACUACAGCCUUAUCUUGGAGACAUGGUAUGGGUAUAAAGAGAGAGGCAGUAGGUGGCUUUAGUCCUUUCUCUUGCUCGGCAACUUAACAGGAUGAAAUUCCUUGUGCUGGCUGCUCUGCUUACAGUGGGUGCUGUUGAGGGGGGCGUCAGCCCGCGGGCAGUGUGGCAGCUCCGCAACAUGAUCAAGUGUACGAUCCCCGAGAGUGACCCCGUGAGGGAUUACACCGACUACGGCUGCUACUGUGGCCUGGGUGGAUCCGGCACGCCUGUGGAUGAACUGGACAAGUGUUGCCAGACACACGACCACUGCUACUCACGAGCCAAGAAACUGGACAGCUGUAAAUUCCUCCUGGACAACCCCUACACCAAAACCUACUCAUACUCAUGCUCUGGCUCUGAGAUCACCUGCAGCGAUGAAAACAAACCCUGUGAGGCCUUCAUCUGCAACUGCGACCGCAAUGCUGCCAUCUGCUUUUCAAAGGCCCCAUAUAACAAGGAGCACAAGAACCUGGACACCAAGAAGUACUGUAAGAAUUGAGUGUCACCUCUGGAGAGCAUCAUCUCCACCCACCUCAUGCCCUUCACUUUACCCUGUGUCCUCCAAUAAAGCACUUUGUUGAAAAGCC